AAUCACCUCUGUGCCGACUUCUUACUUUGACGUAUUGCCAAAUGUCUUCUAUCUCCAUGUCUUUAGAAAGUGCUAAUAUUGCAAUGACCCACGUAGUGGAAAAUGUAUCAGUACCCAGGAAAUAUCCAUUUGCGGAAAUGCGCCUAGACGACACACACCAGCUAGAUGCUAUUGAAGGACGAUUCACCUGCCCGCAAUGCAAUAGGUCCCGGAAAUUUUAUUGCUACAAUUGUUAUGUGCCGGUUGGAAACGUUACUAAUUUUAUACCACAUGUAGAGAUACCCAUUGACAUAGAUAUCAUAAAGCAUAAAAAAGAAAUUGAUGGUAAAAGUACAUCUGCACAUGCGGCUGUAUUGGCUAAGGAUCGUGUAAACGUGUAUGCCUACCCCGAUAUGCCGGACUAUUCACAAAUGAAUGGUGUUGUACUUAUUUUUCCAGGCGCUAAAAGUCUUACUGUGCCACAACUUUUCGAUCAACGCGUGAGACUAAAGACUGAAAACAAUUACGGUUUGCCAAAGGGACACAAUAUGGGAACCAUGCUGAGAUGGCGUAUUGAUGAAGUAAAAGAGGAGCCAAAAGAGGGUGAAGAUUUUGCAACAGAAAAAGUAUAUACAUAUGGAAACCUGCCUGUAAAGCGUGCGAUAUUCAUUGACAGCACUUGGAACCAAAGUCGUGGUAUUUAUAAGGAUGCCCGCUUAAAGGGCUUACCCACUGUUGUAUUGCAAAACCGGUGUUCACAAUUUUGGCGACAUCAGCGUGGAAGUCCUCGCUGGUAUCUAGCAACAGUUGAAGCCGUACAUCAAUUCCUGUUGGAAGUGCACGUUAAUGCGUGGGGUCUUAAUAGACAUUAUCGUGGUCUGGAUAAUCUCGAAAUCAUUCAAGGCUUUUACGAGACUGCACGCUUAGUGGAUGCCUGUCCAACAAAUAUAGCUCGCGAAGCGCCCUAUAAUGGGCAAUAUGAUAAUUUGCUAUUUUUCUUCGCCAAUAUAUACGAUACGAUACAUAAAUAUUAUGAUCACAAUCAGUUGAAAUCUUAUCGCCGGCCGAUCUAAAAUAUAAAGGUGUUUUAAAUAAAUAAAAA